AUGACGGCGUCUACGCCCUCCACCCUAUCCCGCUCUAGGAACGCUAUAUUGUUCCUCGCCGGCGUAUCCGCUGCAUACGCGACAUAUCUCAUCGUCACCAACGUCCAGAGCCCCGGCGCAGGCGAUGGCCUCCAGCGCAGCAAUGCGGUCCGUAGACGGCGCCCACGCGACCAGCCAUCGGCACCCUCACUCCCUCUGAACGAACGAGACAUACCAUUUCUAGGCCUAUACGACCUACUCGGCUACCAAGUUCCGCUUGACCCUCGCAAUCUGGGCACGCCAGGCGAGUUACGCGACACGAUCCUGCGCGCGCAGCCACACGCCGACAAUGAGACGGUAGAGCGUCUCACCGAGAGCUUCUACAGCGAGUUCCUCGACCGGUUACUAGUCGUACUCUACCCAGACCGCGCUCUGUCCCCGUCGCAGGCAGAUGAUAUCCGAAUCUGGCUGCAACAUCGCAACCCCGAUAACGCAGGAGUGGAUCGUGCUGCAGUAGCCCGCGCUGCGGCAAGGCAUGCGCAGAUAUUCCCUCCCGGUGACAACAUUGCUCUCGAUGACGCCGAGAGCGUCGCAGCUACCGACCUGUCGUUGGGAAGCGACGAGGACGCGGAUGACGCUAUCGAUCCCGAAGGCCAAACCCUCCAGCGCACGUUAUACCACAUUGCGGAAGAUCGCGCAAGACUCGAGGGCGUCAUACAUCGUGGCAUAACAUGCAAUGGAUGCGACGAGAAGCCCAUCCGCGGAACCAGGUGGCACUGCGCCAACUGCCCGGACUUCGACCUGUGCUCCAACUGCGAAGCAACCAACUCGCAUUACAAGAACCACAUCUUCUACAAGGUCCGCGUACCUGCCCCAUAUCUGAGCCUCCAGAAACAGGAACCGCUCUACCCCGGCAAGCCUCACAUGAUGAGCCCCUCGAUCGACCCAGCCCUCAAGAGACGCCUCGUAGCCGAGACCAAGAUGGAAGCAGAAGAGAUUGAGGCACUGUGGGACCAAUUCACUUGUCUCGCAGGCUCCGAGUGGGCGGGUGAUACAACUGGAGUAGGAUGGGCCAUCGAUCGACGCGACUUCAACCACGCUUUCAUCCCUCGCUAUAACGGCUUCGUCGCCGCACCGAACCUCGUCUACGAUCGCAUCUUCGCAUACUAUGACACGGACAAGAAUGGCCUCAUCGGGUUUGAUGAGUGGGUCAAGGGUCUGGACGGCAUGCACGAUUCUGAUGUGAAUGUCAAGGCCAGAAUAGUCUUCAACGGAUACGACAUCGAUGAAGAUGGCUACAUAUCGCGCAAGGACGUACUACGCAUAUUUAGGGCAUACUACGCCAUCGAGAAGGAGGCUACACGAAACUACAUCUCAGAGCUGCAGGACGAAGUGACUGUGCGAACAGCUUUGGACACAAUACGCUCUAGUCAGCCACUUGGCUCUGCUUUUACGCCCCGCAAUAUGGCUGCCUCGAACACGAACAACCGCCGACUACAGCAGAAGCGUGAAGAAGACGCAAUUACGACUCCACCGCUGCUUGAGCACAAUAGCGAUGUAGCAGGCCGGGCUGAGAUGAUCGGGACCGCAGGUGUUCAUCACGUCGCACCCACCUAUACACGGCAAACGCCAGGGGAACAACAGGCGGACAUCGUCACUCGGAGAUGGGCCCGCAGGCAAUACUACAUCGACGAAGAAGAAGGUUUAACGCGGCCCGAAGGGUUUGAGGAAUCAGACCCUGAUGAGCCAGAGACUGCCGAUGGGGUGAACGGAAUGACUGAAGCCGCAGACACAAAUGGAGACUUGGCCCGCAACAGGAGCUCGCGGUCAUCUUCAAGGGUCCGCUUCCAGGACGACGUGGAGAUGGACACACGCUCCAACGCCUCAUCAUCCAGGCCCGUCGGAGAGCGAUGGGGUGGCUAUGAGAUACCCGAGCCCGAACAAGAUCUUGGCAAAGAGGUACUGUAUCAGGUUACGCAGCAGGCUUUUAACGAAUUGCUUAACCCGCUUUUCCUUGAGAAAGAAGACAUGGCCAUGGACGCACACGAGAUGCGCAGCGAGCGUCGCGCGAAGGCAGCCGCUAUCGACGAGCUGACUGUGCACCACUUCACAGAGAGUAAGGCUGCUGUCGAAGCCAUAGUUCACGUCGGUGCCUUUCGAUACUCCAAGUGCAUGAUCGACAAAUUCUGUCGGGCCCUUAACCAUGUACGUCCUAUUAAAAGCUUAUUCCGCAACGGUACCGACGAUACGCCAUGCACUCAAGAAGAAGCAUGCCGAGUAGUCGAAGAACUCUACGACAGUGUGGAAGCGAAAGUGCUCCAAUCCGUGAAGGUUUCCAGGCCCACAAAUGUUGACAACAUGACGACGUGGAACACUUUGUUGAUCAGGUCACGGCUUCGAUCAGAGGUUGUCGAUGCUACCAUGGAGUGUAUAGACAACAAAGGCUGGCUGAUACCACCACUCGUGAAUGAGAGUCUGCCUAGUAUUCACAGGGAUCCUACCAUGCCUCAAUUCCGGCCGAACUCGUCCAAUCUUCCACCUGCAGCGACUUUGCAGACUACCUCGGACAGCUCUUCAAAUAGUAGUGUCACUUCCGACACUGAUACAUCCUCGAUAACCUCGGGCGAAGAUAUUAUGAAUCGUUGUUUCUUCAUCGCGGCAGGCCACGAUGGCCUGGAACGUUAUCCGGGGCAAAGAUCCGUUGGCGAAAUUGAGCCCCUGAUACUUGAUGGUAUGGACUCUUCUGUUGGGGCUCCUCCGCCUGACUCUUCGGUGCAACAGCAAGAUAAAGAGGACGAUCCUUACACGAUCAACUGGCGAUGGUACACCGACAAUCCAGAGUUGUACUAUCUCUUCGCUCAAGACUCUGAGGGCGUGGACACAUUUCUUUGCGCUCAUAACCCGAUCAAUCAUUCCGCGAGUCCACAUGAUCCGGAGGCGAAUCAACUUAAGCCGUUGCAGCGCUCCAUUCGACAGCUCGCUAUGAACCCGAAGUCCAACUUACAUCUCAUAAUGCUAGCGAGUCUUGAGGCUGUUGAGCAAGAGAUUGACGAGCGAAAAGGAAGCGGGCUGGUUAACUUCGAGGAGUUUUUGGAACUUAUGAGGCAGGGCAGAUUGAAAUUCCUUGAGGCUUGGAUGGAAUGGGUAAGCAUGUGA